UGUUCUCUGCUCGCAUAACGAUGGCACUGCGCCACAUUGCGUCGCUCAGCGUGCGGUUCAAUCCUGCCCUGGGCAAGGAGGCCCAGAUGGCACGGCUGCUGCUCAACCGGGUGGUGACCGACUCGGCCAAGGCGUCCAACUCAAAGUGCGCCGUGGCGGCCGAGGUGACGACCGGCGACGAGCCGGCAUCGGUGGUUGUCGAGUACACCAAUGGCGCCAAGGAGACGUUUGGUCCCGAGGCUGGCUCGGUUGAUGACGUGCUGUAUGCUAUUCGCGGGACUCAGCAGCGCAUUGACAACGCUGCGUAGACGGAGGCGGGCUUGUGAUGUGGCUUAUCCACCCUGCUUGCUCUCGGCAGAGUGGAUGUGAUCGGCAGGCGAUAGCCCAGAGGAGUACACGGCUGGUCGGCGAUAAAGUAGCUGUGACGGACAC